UUUAUGACUUCUCAAUACAAAAAGCUCCACUCACUUUUUUAAGUUUUGUCUUCUCUAAUCCGUCUUCUUCUACUCUCUUGCAUGCUUUGCGUCUUUUAUAUACAUCUCUCGUAAACCCUAGCAAAUCAUACAAGGUCAAGAAGCUUGACCUUCAUAUUAGACUUAAGUCGUUUAUAAUCAAUUAGCACCAAUAGCAAUGGAUAAAGAUUACUCGGCACCAAGCUUCUUAGGUGAAUCCUCAGGCGGUAACGACGAUAACAGCUCCGGUAUGAUAGACUAUAUGUUCAAUAGAAACCUUCAACAACAACAAAAGCAAUCGAUGCCACAACAGCAGCAUCAUCAACUGUCUCCUUCCGGAUUUGGAGCAACACCUUUUGAUAAAAUGAACUUCUCUGAUGUGAUGCAGUUUGCGGACUUCGGUCCGAAACUGGCGUUGAACCAGACCAGAAACCAAGAUGAUCAAGAAACCGGGAUUGACCCCGUUUAUUUCUUGAAGUUCCCUGUCUUGAACGACAAGAUAGAGGACCAUAACCAAACCCAACAUCUCAUGCCUUCUCAUCAGACGUCUCAAGAAGGAGGUGAGUGUGGAGGAAACAUAGGCAACGUGUUUCUUGAAGACAAAGAGGAUCACGAUGAUGACAACGACAACAACUCCGUGCAACUCCGGUUUAUUGGAGGAGAAGAAGAAGAUAGGGAGAACAAGAAUGUUACGACAAAGGAGGUGAAGAGCAAGAGGAAGAGAGCUAGAACGAGCAAAACCAGCGAAGAAGUGGAAAGCCAAAGGAUGACUCAUAUCGCUGUCGAAAGGAACCGUAGGAAGCAAAUGAACGAGCAUCUUCGUGUCCUCAGAUCUCUCAUGCCUGGCUCCUACGUUCAAAGGGGAGACCAAGCGUCAAUCAUAGGAGGAGCAAUAGAGUUUGUGAGAGAGCUCGAGCAACUCCUACAAUGUCUAGAAUCACAGAAGCGUCGAAGAAUCCUAGGAGAAACCGGUAGGGACAUGACCACGACAACGACUUCUUCUUCUUCUCCCAUAACUGCGGUAGCUAACCAAACACAACCGCUCAUUAUUACUGGAAAUGUAACCGAACUAGAGGGCGGAGGAGGGCUUCGGGAGGAGACCGCGGAGAACAAGUCGUGCUUGGCUGACGUGGAGGUGAAGCUGCUAGGGUUUGACGCCAUGAUCAAGAUACUUUCAAGAAGAAGGCCAGGACAAUUGAUUAAGACUAUAGCUGCUUUGGAGGAUCUUCAUCUCUCUAUUCUUCACACUAAUAUCACUACCAUGGAACAAACCGUCCUCUACUCCUUUAAUGUCAAGGCAAGAUAACUAGACUGACUAGUCAUAAAACAUUUAUAAAUUUAUUUAGUUUUUGUUCAAUGUUAUAAUCAUAGAUUAUGGAUUAGUAUUUUUGUAAAGUAUAUGUAAUAACUACCAAAGGCUAACAUGAGUAGAUGUAAAAUGUGCAGAUAACAAGUGAAACGAGGUUUACGGCAGAAGACAUAGCAAGUUCCAUCCAACAGAUAUUUAGUUUCAUUCACGCAAAUACAAACAUAUCAGGAAGCUCUAACCUGGGCAAUGUUGUGUUUACUUGAAAAUCAUCCCACGGAAUGUGUCGAACUGUUGAAGAUUACCAUAAUCUCUACAUAUUGGUUUUUAUUCUCCAAGCACUUGGAAGAGUUUUUAAGUUUAAGAGAGUGUUUUCUUUAUUUCUUUUUUUUUUUUUCAUGCAAUUUAAAUUUUAGUGAUGAUUGUGUAGCUUGUAUCGUUAGAACUCGUUGUUGUGAAUUUUGCUUUGUAGGUUUUGAAAAAGCGGUUUAGAAUGUUAAACCACUUAUUUACUUGAAAUAUAUCUUUGUUGACAAA